ACCAUCGUUUUUCAUGCUUCAAUUCUUCUUCACACACAUGCACAAAAGCUACUAGGCGCGGUCUCUAGAGUGUGUUUACUGUCAAUCGUUUCGAAACCAUGGCCAGCUUUCUGUCGCUACGGAUUCAUACCGUUCUUUUACUCGUCCUUCUGUCAGUCUCUACGGUCUCUUGUUUCAAAUUCGACGAUACCACAAUCCGCCUGCAUGAUGGCUUUAAGCGUGGCACCCAUCUGAAGUACAGCGAUCAUGUCGCGAAGGACCCUCGACCGAGCCAGGCAAAACCCCUAUUUCGACGACAGCCAAGGAAGCGCUCGCCCGUGCCUCGCUAUCCAGAGCCCGUCAUCCCGUCGAGGAACGACGAUGAUGCAUGGUCAGUCAGGGUAGAGGAGCCAGAUAUGCUGUACAUGAAUCUGGGCCCCGCGUUCGAUUUGUCGAAUUGUGUCUUCUGUCCUACUCAGAGCGACGGAACUGCCCUCGAUGAAACGGAUUCAGAGGCUAUUCUCAAACACAUGACUGCCCAGACCUUCCUCAGAUACGUCAAGGGUGACAAGGCAGCGCUUACCGACACAUGUGUCUUCUAUUCGAAAGGAGUCACUACUGUUGGAGCAGCUACAGGUUUAUCCGUUGCUGCCACAGAAUGGGCAUGCGGAGAGUCUCAAAAAGACCGCUACACAAUCUGGAACUUGUUUCCCAACAGCCUUGAUGCAUCCAGUCACUCAGGUGUUCGAGACUUUUACGCCAUGUUUACGCCUGGAAGCUGGCUGGAUCCUGUCAGGAAAAAGCAGGAAGAGUUCGAGGCGACUAAACCUCCCGGAGUAGUGCCGCCGAGCAUUCGGUAUUUCCAGCAAAUGUCGCAGUCCAUGGCUGAAGCAUGCUACGGAGAUAUCAUCAUCAUGACAGAGACGCCAUCGGAGCUCGCCCUCUACGAGCCAGGCAAGAAGCACCAAGACGCACGCUUCAACAACAUCUUCUGGUCUCACGAGCGUCCCGUUCUCCAGCGCAAGGUAAAUACGGGAGAAGCAAAGCUAUAUGCAUUGGACUCCAACACCAAAGAAGCCUGGGAAGUUACAAACAUCAAGACAUUUGAGCUUGGACCCUCAAGAAAGUUUAGACGAGAUCUUGAAUCGGAAAACAAAACGUCUGACGUCUUUGGACGUUCUAGGUUGCAGGCCCGAGCCAACAUGUGCCAGAGUAACGGACUCGGUUCUCAGGGACUGGGCCAGGACUGGUUUGGAUCCUAUGGAAGCAAUGGGUGGUAAUAAGAGAAGUUUACAGGGAUGAGUUCCAUCGCGACUCUCUCCAGGGCGGCCGAAUUACUUUUUCUUACUCUCCUUGAUGUAUCGUUAAUUCCAUCAUG